UUAGGGAAGUGGUGGAUCUCCGCAAUAGGUUAUAUAAACCUUUUUCACUUUCUCUUCUUUCACGGUUUCUUUCCCUUUCCUACCAAGUCAGGCUUUUCUUUUCUCCUCUGGUGUCCUUUUUAGCUUUUUUUAUUCUUCUUUAUCUUUUUGGUAUACCUCUUUUCAGUCGAUUUUUAUCCAUGUUAUUUCUUGCUUUUAUCGCCGGUAUAACAUUACUGUCGGUCGUCAGUGACACUUGGGCAGCGCCGAUCACCGUCACACCAUCUAUUAGCUCGCAUCCAAUCACUCGCGCCGAAAUGGAACGUUUUUCGGUGCAGAUCGAUUCAUUCGCCCAGCUUAUCGCGACCCAUUGGCAAUUUGAUCACUUUGAAUCGAUUAUCUCCGGCACCUAUAAGGAGAUCGCGAACCAGUUCCAGAACCAUGUCCAGAUCACGGUACAAUCCCCUGCACGACAGCACGCAUUCCAAAACUCGCAAAAGCCCGCUUCAACCAUUCAACCUGCAUUGCCGUCGUUGGACAUUAUGGAUCUAGAGGUUCUGAAAUCGCAAAUUUUUGCUGCUAUCCAGGCUCACACGGAAGGCAAUUUACCGGUCGCAUGGGACAAGUUCGGCGAUAAGCUCGGUCGUCAAGCCAUCGAAGGGUUCGUGAAACAGAUUCUCACCAAUCACUGCAAGGAUUAUGACAAUGAAAAGGAUCUGCAGAAAGUGUCGUCUGUCUGUUUAGCAGAAAAGGCCGAUCAACUAUCUGCAGAGCUCGAUCGUUAUGUCUCUCGUCACCUAACGGAUAUUUUUGAUGCGUUGGAUAAGCAUGUGCUUCCUGAUAUGUUAAUGCAUACAACAAACGAUUUGAAAAACGUUCUCGAUUAUUUCAACAGUGCAUUUACUGGACAGGAGUUCGUUUUGGAUGUUACACCAUGGCAAUCUCAACAACAAGAACAAGUGCCCUUAACGGAUCGUCUACUCCAAUUAGCCACUCAACCACAAGCGACAGCUCAAGAAGAUCACCAUCCUACCGAUUUCUUUUCUCAUUAUGCUUCGCUGGCGAGAUCCUAAUCAUUCCUGCUAAAAUUCUUUCGUUGUAUAUCCUGACAGGAUCUCGACGUUUUCUCUUUUCCAACAUUUUGAUUCCUCCUUUGUCUCCCGAAAAAAAAAACCGAGCGGAAGGGUUCUCACCCUUCACCCAUUGUACAUACCGCGAUACUCCAUCCCAUCAGUUGCUGCACAUUAACCUAAAGUGCCAACCGAGAAAAAAAGAAACCCCUCACACUCCUUAUGUUCUAUUUUUUCCCUUUCCAACCACACGACUUGCAUUCCUUGUCUAGACAUCUUUUUCAUUUCAUUUGCUUAUUUUAAUGAAAUAGAUGUAGCUUCAUGAUCACUUUGUUUGUUCUUUGUAUAUACCUAUACCCCAGAAUAAAAAGAUUCAUACAUUUAUUUAUCUACAGAUACAGAAAAUAAUGCGAUUUGUUGUAAAUAAAAUCGGGCAAGUCUGGU